GAGUUUUUAAUGUUAAACGAGGAUUUUCGGUUGUUUAUUUUUUUUUAUUCUGGCAACUGUGUACUUUCAACUUAACAAAGAUGCAGCGGACAAAGUUACCAAUCGUUUCCAUGCAACUGGAUUCUUCGAUAGCUAUUAAAAUGAACCUGGGUGGGUCCUUGUUCCAGGAGAGAACAUUGAUGAGUAGAUCGGAUGUAUGGCAUAAGAUCAGAAUUCUGAAGGGAACGCAUUAUGACAAAGAAACUGUAUUGAAAGCUAUAUUAAACGCUAUAGAGCCAGCAGAAUUGGUGCCUGUUAAGUAUCAAGCCCUCAGAGAGGACACGUACUUCUUAGCAAGAAACUGUGCCCAUGCACUGGACAAACUGUGCAAAACUAACUUGAUAAUUAAAAAUCCCGAAGGGGAUCCACUAAUACUAAUAGUAACUUUAGGAUUUGCGUCUAUUCACGAUCUCAAAAUUAAUCUCCAGCCGUUGCUUUUGGCAGCACUGACCAAAAAAUAUGAUCCCAACAAGAAGAGCCUGAAUUUGGAACAGUUUCACAAGGAUCCUGACAUGUCCAAGACUGUUUACUGCCCCCUGUCUCAACAGAGAACAUUCAACCAUGUUCUGAAAUUGAUAAAGACUGCUCUUACCACAGUGGAAUACCUCAAUCUUCAAAAGAACGAACUAUUCAACCUAUCACCUGUAGAAACCUCUAGUUUGAUCUCUAUCAAGUACUUAGAUUUGAGGCACAAUAACUUGUACAACAUGGACACUCUUACACCACUGAAGAAUCUCUGCAUACUGAAGCUAUGGCUGGAUGGGAAUCCGCUCUGCGAGAAUUACGCCAAACCGAACCAAUACAUAGAGUCUGUAAAGAAGUAUUGUCCCCAUUUAAUCCAGUUGGAUGGAGUGUACGUUAACACAUCCGGUCUACCGUUGACGUAUACCAGUUGCUUAAAGGAAACGAGGGAGGAACUAGUCGGCAAAUUUGUCUCCCAUUUUUUCUGUCUGUACGAUCAGGCGGACAGAACCGUCCUCCGUGGACUGUACCACAAGAAUGCAUUUUAUUCCAUGAGCUUGGGUAUACUUCCAGCUAUCGCUUGCAAAAGAAAUCUCUCGCAAUUCACCGCGUGCAGAAACUUAACAAGGAAGCCUGUGGAUCCGAAUAAAAAGAGGCAACACCUUUAUUACGGCCAGGACAACAUUCUGGGCGGUUUAAAGAGACUGCCCCGGUCCUGUCACGAUCGAAAUACAUUCGUCUGCGACUUGAUGUACGACGACGGAACAUAUCUAGCGAUCUCGGUCGGCGGUCUGUUCAAAACUGUCAAUAACGCCUCUCAAGUUUUGUACUUCAACAGGACGUUUGUGUUACUGGCCGGUAACGAUAACGAGUACAACAUACUGAACGAUCAGUACUUCGUGGAUUCGACCGUAGAGAAGAUUCCCGUCAGUAAAAUCGAGUCGAAGAUCAUGUACGAGGAAAUUGUGCCGACCUGUUUCAGUCUGAUCGAGCAAGAGGAAUUAGUGAAGAAAUGCGUCGAUGCGACAACGCUUAAUGAAGAAUGGUGUCGUACGUACUUAGAGGAAGCCAUGUGGAACAUACGAAAAGCAAUCUCGAACUUCAUGAAGGACUACAAAUCAUCGGCGGUACCAUCCGACGCCUUUAAACGAUAG